GUCACACAGACUGUUGUGUUAUUUUAUAGUUAAGAGUAAAAUUUCCUAGAAUGUGGCAUAGUAGCCAUUAGACAGUUGCUAAACUUUUCAAUUAUGGAUGCCACUGGAAAUUUUCCGUCCAGUCUCCUUCACAGUUAACCUGUGGUUGAUCAGAUAAUCUAUAACUGUAGUCCUAAUCUCAUCAGAAACAUCUCCCCUUUCUUCUUUUCUUCACCCUGAUCUUCUUCCUCUUCUUCCAAAUCUUUCUCCUCAGUCUGCCAUCAUCCUUGUCCUAGUUCUCCUCCCUCUUCCUCCCAGUAGUAACAGGGACUAUUGAGGAGGCAUUCAGCAAUUUAGAAACUGUAGAGGGAGAAGAGUAGACUGAAAUCAGACAUAUCACCAGGACCAGAUCAUAUUUAUUCUCAAGUUCUUAAAGAGAAUCAACACCCACAUGUCAGACUGGAUGUGAACUAUAAAGGCAGCAGCCCAUGUUUUCCUGUCUGUAGACCCGGGAGAAGUUGAUCAGUCUCACACGUGGAAACAACUACUGGUCAGACACACUGGAGAUCUACAGCUGUCCUCAGCAUAUAAAGUUGUGCUUGAGUUGAACAGACAUUAAAGAGAAACUGAAAGACAUGGAAGCCUCUUCACCUCAAACUUACACUGGACCUGACAAUGUGUCCUGUGACAUUUGUACUACUGGAAGAAAAAGGAAAGCAGGGAAGACCUGCAUGACCUGCAUGAUCUCCUACUGUGAGACUCACCUGCAGCCGCACAAGGAGCAUGGCGCCUACAAACGACACAAACUGGAGGAGCCGACUGGAAACAUCGAAGAGAAACUCUGUGCAAAACACCAGAGGGUUCUGGAAAUCUUCUGUAGGACCGAUGAGAGCUGCAUCUGCUUGCUCUGUGCAGCAACCGAACACAAGACUCAUGACAUGGUGACACCUGAGGAAGAGCAAAAUGGGAAACAGAACCAGUUGAAGAAGAGAAGGGUGAAAAUCAAAGAAAGAAUCGAAGAGAAAGAAAAGAAACUGGAGGAGGUGAAGGAGACGGUAGUGAGGAUUAAGAGUUCCACAGAAACAGAACUUCAGGAACCUGAGAAGACCUUUAAAGCUGUGAUUGAGUCCAUUGAGAGGCUGCGGUCAGAGGUCACUGAACUCAUUAGAGACUAUGAGCAGAAGGAAGUGAGUAAAGCUGAGGAAUUCAUCAAGCUACUGGAGAGGAAGAUUGAGGCGCUGAAGAAAAGAAGCACUGAACUAGACAAGCUUUCACAGACAAACGAUCCUAUCCACUUCCUUCAGAAAUUCCCAAAUACCGACAUCCCUUCUGAAGAUGGAGAUUCACCUGACAUCAGAGUUGAUGACAGUUUGCUGCCUGAGACUCUAAGGAAUGACUUGUCUGAUCUGCAGAAGAGUCUGGAAGAGAUCAGCAGCUGGAAAUUUGUGAAGAUCAAAGGGGUCGACACUCCAGGCUACAUACUGCAAAAUUUCAGAAUGAGAGAUCAAUUUUUAAAAUACUUCUGUCCACUCACCCUGGACCCCAACACAACACACAAACGCCUGCACCUGGCUGACGGGAACAAACAGGUGAUGUACAAGAAGACAGAGAUCCCGUAUCCUGCUCAUCCUGACAGAUUUGACUACUGGCCCCAAGUUCUGUGCAGUGAACCUCUGAGUGGGACUCGCUGCUACUGGGAGGUCGAAUGGAGUGGAGACGGAGGAAGGAUUGGAGUGACGUAUAAAGGAGUUGGAAGGAAAGGAAAGAAUGAGGAGUUUUUCCUUGGAUGCAAUGACAAGUCCUGGUGUUUGGUCUGCUCUAGUUCACAUUGCUCUGUGAGUCAUAAUAGAAAAAGUAUUACAAUUUGCACCCUCCCCAGCAAUAAAAUAGGCAUCUACGUGGACUAUCCAGGUGGCUCCCUUUCAUUUUAUAGCAUCACAAACAAAAUGAAUCUCCUCUACAAGUUCAAUGUCUCCUUUACUGGGCCGCUCUAUCCGGGAUUUUGGGUUGGAAGGAAUGCCAGCAUGAAAAUCUGCCAGCUAAACCCAUCUGACCAGUGACUGGUGUCCACAUUUGUCACUUAAUGGAGUUUUUGUAAUUCUUAAUUGCCUCAGUAACUUCAAGCUAACAAAAGAUUUCGGUUUUCUCUGAAUCAGUUAGAGCUGAUAAAUCCCAGUGUGACCAGAAGAAGGCGUAACAGCACCCAGAAUCCCAAAGCACUGACACCACAACAGACCUGGGUUCCAUUCAGUGACUUUUACUUGAAUUAAGUACUUUUACACGUCUGCUCCUUCUACACACCAGGCAAUAAGAGCUCUCCCUUAUCUCUCUUUGUCCUUCUCACCUCCCUCCAGCCAGUGUUGUCCUACUUCCUCUCAACUCUGACUCCCUGAAAGGGGUGAGAUACCUUCUUUUAUCUUAGACUUGGAAGAAGUAAUUCUGGUGCCAUGACACUACCCCGAGGAAGCACUACUGGAUCAAUCAGAAGCAUGAUGAUGAGACACUCAGAGUCCUCUACCAACUGUGCCCCCCGGCGGCAGCCAAGGACCCCGACAGGGACACCCUUCUGAACUACAAAUCCCAGGCAACUCCAUGGUGUCCAAACUGGGACCAAGCCAGAUGAACACUGCCAUUUUUCAUGUUAGGGGAUGAAUUGUCUCCGGUAUUCAGAUUUCCCCAGUCCAUCCAUUAUUCCGACUACCUGACUAGGACUAGGACUGGAAACCAACCCAGCCUGGCACCUUCAUCCAUGUGAUUCCCGCACAGUGGCUUCUCUUCUGAGUAAAGUACUAUACUCCAUUCCAGUCUGGAUGCCAGUCCAUCCAUUAUUGCCAUUUACACCCUUUUAUCAAUUUUGAAUGGAACAAUUAGACAAUAUUUUGGGCUAUUAUUAAUAUUUUUGACUGCUAAUGCCUUAACCCAUCCAUCCAUUUUCCUAACCCAGUUAUUUAGGGCUGGGUCCAUGGGGCAAGUGGAGGUUAUCAGAGUAGUCAUCUGUCACAAGUCAGGAACAGCAGCUGGAUUGGACACAAGUUUAUUGCAAGUUCAUUUGCCAAUUUAAUAUCAUCAGUCCACCUAAUCAGCAUGUCUUUGGACUGUGGGAGAAAACCCAUGCAGACAAGGGGAGAACAUGCAAGCUCAUGCAGCACUACCAGUCCUAAUAUAAAGAGAACAGUUUAGCUUUCUUUUAACUUGGUGCAUGAAGCCACCAAAAGCCAAAAUGACCACAAUAAAAGCAUAGUUUUUCUACCAUA